UGUAGCAAUGUCCCGUACUGUUAGGGCUGUACUGCUGUUACUGCUGUCUACUUAUGGCCAAUGUACGGAGAAGUACAAGGUGACGGAUCUGGUGUAUUUCGACGUCAGCAUCGGAGGCCAUGUGGAGGGUAGAAUAGUUGUUGCGCUUUUUGGAGAAGUUGUACCAAAAACCGUCAAAAACUUCAAAGCCCUUGCUUCAGAUGGAGUCAAAGGGCGGAAGUAUGGGAACAACACCCCAUUUCAUAGAGUCAUCAGGAACUUCAUGGUUCAAGGUGGUGACGUAGUGUCGGGAGAUGGUCUUGGGAUUGUGAGUAUUUUUGGAAAACACUUCAAAGAUGAAAACUUUGUCGUGAAACAUACAGCCGCAGGCUUUGUAAGCAUGGCUAAUUCAGGUCCAAACUCAAAUGGCUGCCAGUUUUUCAUAAUCACUCAACCAACACCCUGGCUGGAUGGCAAGCAUGUAGUGUUCGGAAGGGUAACGGAAGGAAUGGAUAUCAUACAUAAAAUAGAGGGAUUGAAAACAUACGAAGAUGAUCGUCCGGUGAAAAACGUCUACAUUGUAGAAAGUGGUCUUCUUCCACUGCCAGAGCCGUUCUACGUCUACGAUGACGCCAAUGAUUUGAUGGCUUGGGCUAAAGCGUCCAUUUUCCCACUUGGCAUGUCAUUCACAAUUCUCGGAAUUUUCCACUGGUUCUUCAAGAAACUUGAUGUAGCAGCUGAAGGUGUGUGAUUUUUAAGUAAAGAUUUCCGGGUUGCUAAACGUAUAAUUCAUGUAAACAUUUUCUACUUUCUUUUAAAUUAAAUUGG